CUUCCUUCCUCCUCUCUCCCCCGCCCUAUAAGAUCCUGCAUUCCGACUGUUCUUCAUUCUUGAAUCCUCUCAAACCCACCAUGGAAGUGGAAGUCGCGAUUCCGCUUCCGAACCCGGAGCUCAACUUCGACAGCACGUGUUCUUCUCCGUUCAUGACCGCUCCGUCGAGCCCUCAACGCUUCGGCAGCUUGUACUUCAGUGCGCCCACGAGCCCCACCAGAGCUUCGGCUUUCCUUCGCGAGCUCAGGAACUCAAGGAGGUCCCUGUCCUCGAUACCCUUUGCCUGGGAAGAGAAGCCCGGCGUCCCGAAACGCAGAGGGAGCGACCAGAGCGGCGGCGGCGGCGGCGGCGGCGGCGACGACGACGACGACGACUACGAUUUCGAGUUCAAUUUCAGUGGUCAACUGGACAGAGCUUCGGCUUCUGCCGACGAGCUCUUCUAUGGAGGCAAGAUCAGGCCUCUCAAGCCGCCACCGAGAUUGCAAGCCAACUCGGGUGACGCUGACUCGGUGAUGAACUCGCUUCCGGCGUCUCCGAGAUCGCCGUCGAGAUUCGCUCAGGGGAAGAAGAUGGUCCAAGAAGUUCUCUCCCCUCGCCACCCGAAGAGAGACUUUGACCCCUUCUCGGCAGCCUUGGAAGAGACCCGGAAGAGAGAGAUGAAUCUCAACAAACACGAAGACCUAAACCGUUCUCGUGGAAGGGAAAGAAAGGCGGAAUCUUCUUCGUCCCCGCGGACGUCGUCGGCCAGUUAUGUUCGUAAAGGAACGAGAUCUUUAUCGCCUUUGAGGGUGUCCGACAUCAUGGAGGCUGAUCGAGAAGCCGAAGAUCGCGCAGCGCCCUCAUCCUCAUCGAAUCAUGGUUCUUCAUAUUUCUCUUCGCUGUUGUCGUCCAUGUCCUUCUCGAAGGGCUACAGGAAGUGGAGCUUCAAGGACUUCCUGCUGUUCCGGAGCGCCUCAGAGGGGCGGGGCACGGCAAAGGAUCCUCUGCGCAAGUACGUGGCUCUGUCGAAGAGAUCCUCAUUCAAUUACGCACCAGCAAACGACGCGAAGAGCUCAAGCUUCAGGUCGACGGAGAGCGCCGGCUCGGUGAGCUCGAGGAGGAGAUCAGGGGCCGCGCCGGUGUCAGCUCACGAGAUGCAUUACACGUUGAACAGAGCGGUUUCGGAGGAGAUGAAGAAGAAAACGUCGUUGCCAUACAAGCACGGGCUGCUGGGUUGCUUGGGGUUCAAUCCUCCUCCGGGCGUGCACGACUUGGCCCGGGUACUGGGUCGCUGACGCAUGGACCGACCCGGAUCUCGCGAUCCGAAUUAGAGAUUCUCUCUCUCUCCUGCGCGCACGGGUUCGAGCUGUAGAUUUUUUUGGUCCUGUAAUGUCUCAUACUGGAAGCAUAUCAAACAUA